UAGUUCUUGUGCUUUCCCUCCGCUCGUCGCACUUCACCGCCCACGCCGAGCAGCCGCAAUCUCUGCUUUCAGUAGCAGCUUGCGUUUGAAGCAAUGGUGAGGGUUAGUGUCUUGAAUGAUGCCCUCAAGAGCAUGUACAAUGCGGAGAAAAGGGGUAAAAGACAAGUCAUGAUCAGGCCAUCUUCAAAAGUGAUUAUCAAGUUCCUUUUGGUCAUGCAGAAACAUGGUUAUAUUGGAGAGUUUGAGUAUGUUGAUGAUCACAGAGCUGGAAAAAUUGUGGUUGAAUUGAAUGGAAGGCUGAACAAGUGUGGAGUGAUUAGCCCUCGUUUUGAUGUUGGGGUGAAAGAGAUUGAAGGUUGGACUGCUAGACUUCUUCCUUCAAGACAGUUUGGGUAUAUUGUGCUGACAACAUCUGCUGGUAUCAUGGACCACGAAGAAGCUAGAAGAAAGAAUGUGGGUGGAAAAGUACUCGGCUUCUUUUACUGAGACAGAUUUCCAACAGUUGUCAUUUUAGAAAUUUUGCUUGCCAACAAAGCUCGUAAAAUGCUUCUUCUGAUUCAAGUUAUGUAUUUUGAUUUUGAGAUGUUUUUAGUAUCGUUUUAAUUACGUCGCUUGAGAUUUUGAAUUGUUGGAACUUGCAUUCUGGUAAUCAAUUGGAGUUACAGUU